GCAAGGGCGGACACUCGACCGGUACCAGUUUCGGUCAUCUCAUCGACGAUGCACAAGGCGACCAUUGCUCUUCUGGCGGCUCUGGCGGUGGCUUCGGCCCUGCAAAUCCCCAACCACAACGUCCACCACGGCAACUACCAGAACACCAAGACUGGUGGCCAGGACGUCGCCCAGAAGCAGAAGUACAUCCUCCAGCUGCUGAAGAAUGUCUCCCAGAAGAACAUGUACCCCGAGCUGGUCGCCCUCGGCCAGGCCUGGAACCCCGAGCAGUUCGCCAACCAGUACGCCCACCCCACCGUGGUGAAGAAGUUCGUGUCCAUGUACAAGCAGGGCAUGCUUCCCCAGGGCGAGAUCUUCCACGUGCACAACGACUCCCACCUCAAGGAGGCCGUUGCCCUGUUCGACAUGUUCUACUUCGCCAAGGACUUUGAGACCUUCAUCCAGACCGCCGCCUGGGCCCGCGACCACGUCAACGAGGGUCAGUUCGUGUACGCCCUGUGCGUUGCCGCCGUCCACCGCGACGACUGCGACGCCACCACCGACGCCCACGCCUACACCCAGGCCAUCUUCAACAAGAACGUCAACGGCUUCGACAACGUCUUCCAGACUGGUCCCCAGUACACUCCCAGCCACAAGCUCGUCAACGAGAACAUCUACCAGCAGGACGAUGAGGUCCGCUCCUUCAUGUAA